UCUCAAUCACAGGACAAGAGUGUUGGCCGAUUCCCUUCUCUAAGCUCCGCACUCCCACUGCACUGCACUGAAACAAAUUAUGGGAAGAAGAAGUCGUCUACUCUUCCCUUUUCUCCCCUAAUCGGAUCCCUCCUUCCUUCCUUCCCCACUCCCCCAAACCUCCACCACCAUUUCCCCCUUCUCUAUCUCAGAUCGCCACCACUGAAUCAAACAUGCCUCCCCAAACCAUGUCCGCGAAGACGGACGCCACCAUCGGCGUCAACGGCACUGCGAAAUCCACCUCCAACCAAGCUCCUCCACCCAUGGCGCUACCCGCCAAUCUCAAAUCAGAUCUGCUCAACAAACUGUCUCUCAAAUCCUUUAAGCUGAAGACCAAGCAGCAGGAGCUCCUGCUCCGCGUCUCCAUCCUCUUCCUCGUCUACGUGCUGGCCUUCAUCACCCGGUUGUUCAGUGUGCUCCGCUACGAGUCCAUGAUCCACGAAUUCGAUCCCUACUUCAAUUACCGCACCACCCUCUUCCUCACCGAGAAAGGGUUCUACGAGUUCUGGAACUGGUUCGAUUACGAGAGCUGGUACCCACUCGGCCGCAUUGUCGGCGGCACUCUCUACCCUGGUCUGAUGGUCACCGCCGCGCUGAUUUACUGGGGCCUCCGUUUCCUCCGAUUCGCCGUUCACAUCCGUGAGGUAUGCGUCCUGACGGCGCCUUUCUUCGCGUCCAAUACCACCCUGGUGGCCUAUUUCUUUGGCAAGGAGAUUUGGGAUUCCAGCGCUGGGCUUGUCGCCGCUGCGUUGAUUGCGAUUUGCCCUGGUUACAUUUCGCGAUCGGUGGCGGGGUCUUAUGAUAAUGAAGGGGUCGCCAUUUUCGCCCUGUUGUUGACGUUUUACUUGUUUGUUAAAGCUGUGAACACUGGGUCUCUAACUUGGUCGCUGGCUUCGGCUUUUGGGUAUUUCUAUAUGGUCUCUGCUUGGGGUGGGUAUGUGUUUAUUAUUAACUUGAUCCCGCUCUAUGUACUAGUGCUGUUGAUCACCGGGAGGUACUCCGUGAGGCUGUACAUUGCGUACAAUUGUAUGUACGUGCUUGGAAUGCUGCUCGCUAUGCAGAUUCGAUUUGUCGGGUUUCAGCAUGUGCAAUCUGGUGAACACAUGGCAGCCAUGGGAGUGUUCUUCUUGAUGCAGGUGUUUUACUUCUUGGACUGGGUGAAGUACUUGUUAAGUGAUAAAAGACUGUUUGAAACCUUCUUGAGGAUCACUGUGACUACCACAGUGGGGUUAGCUGCUGUUGCUCUAGGAGUGGGUACAGCAUCUGGGUAUAUUUCUCCAUGGACAGGAAGAUUCUACUCUCUUUUGGAUCCCACUUAUGCAAAGGAUCACAUCCCAAUCAUUGCAUCUGUAUCCGAGCAUCAGCCGACAGCGUGGUCGUCCUUCAUGUUUGAUUUCCACAUCUUGCUUUUCCUUUUCCCUGCGGGUCUCUACUUCUGCUUCAAGCGGCUGACGGAUGCCACGAUAUUUAUUGUUAUGUAUGGUCUCACCAGUAUGUACUUUGCUGGCGUUAUGGUUCGGUUGAUUCUUGUCGCCACACCAGCAGUUUGCCUAAUCAGUGCAAUUGCUGUUUCUGCCACUGUGAAGAAUUUGGCACAACUUUUGAGGACUAAGAGCAAGGUAACACAAGGUGGUUCUUCUAAAGCAGCUAGUGGCUCAAAGGCUUCCUCCAAGGCUCUACUUGAUCAAUCUCAGCCAUUUCAAAGAAAUGGGGCAAUCGCAUUGCUGCUUGGUGUCUUUUACUUGCUUAGUAAGUACGCAACUCACUGUACGUGGGUGACAUCAGAGGCCUAUUCAUCUCCUUCAAUUGUGUUGGCUGCAAGAGGUGCCCAUGGCAAUAAGGUCAUCUUUGAUGAUUACCGCGAGGCAUACUUUUGGCUCCAGCAGAAUACUCCAACUGAUGCUAAGGUGAUGUCAUGGUGGGAUUAUGGUUACCAAAUCACGGCCAUGGCAAACAGAACAGUUAUUGUUGACAACAAUACCUGGAAUAAUACACACAUUGCCACUGUUGGGCGUGCAAUGUCAUCUUAUGAAGAUGAGGCCUACGAGAUCAUGAGAGAACUAGACGUGGGUUAUGUCUUGGUUGUUUUUGGUGGAGUUACUGGUUAUUCAUCUGAUGAUAUCAACAAGUUCUUGUGGAUGGUGAGAAUUGGAGGUGGAGUAUUUCCUGUUAUUAAGGAACCUGAUUACCUAGUCAAUGGUGAAUACCGGGUCGACAAAGGUGCAGCCCCCAAGAUGCUGAACUGUCUCAUGUAUAAGCUGUGUUACUACCGGUUUGGAGAGCUGAUGACAGAGUAUGGAAAACCUCCUGGAUUUGAUCGAGCGAGAGGAGUCGAGAUCGGGAACAAGGAUAUCAAACUCGAGCACCUGGAAGAGGCAUUCACAACAAGCAACUGGAUCGUUCGGAUAUACAAGGUGAAGCCACCAAACAAUAGGUGGUGAGAGGCCUCUCUCUCGUUCUCUCUCCACCCAGUAGUAGUAGCAGUAGUAACGUCUUGGAACUGAAUAGAGAGGUUUAGGCAACAGGGACGUAACCGAACAGAAAAAAGAGUGUUCCGAGUUAGCUAAAGGGAACAGAAAAGAGAUGAGGUUUUGAGCACUGUUGAACGAACAAGUGAAUUUUGAGGCUCCUUCUUAAUUCAACGUAGCUUUGCCUUGGACAUGGAAAACCAUUUUAUGUUUGGAUAUUUAUUUGAACAGCAAUUGGGGAUUGUGGGUCUUUUUUGUAAUCUAUAUAGGGUUUGAUGAUGAGAUGAAUAUGAGGUGACGAUCAUGUUCUACUCUUCUGCUCCCACUACCACCAUUCGCGCCUGAACCAAUAUCAUAAACCUACAACUAACAUUUCCAUUAUAAUAUCUUGUACGAUUUCACAAUUCUUGUCCCAAAUUCUCUCAAUGGUAGGCGUUAGCGUGAGCCAACGACAUGGAGCGUUAUUUACAACAGUGUCGUUGUCUGCAUACGAUGAUCGAGAUUAUGGGUAAUACCCGCCUUUUAUAUCC